AUGACCCUGUGUGGCAGGAAGGUGUUGACAGUGCUGAGCAGCGUGUUCGCUGUGUGCGCCCUGGGCCUGCUGGGCAUUGCUGUCAGUACUGACUACUGGCUCUAUCUGGAAGAGGGCGUCAUCCUGCCCCUCAACCAGAGUACCGAGUUACGCAUGUCCCUGCACUCGGGCCUCUGGAGGGUCUGCUUCACAGCUGGAGAUGAGAAGGGCCGUUGUUUCACCAUUCAGUAUGUGAUGCCCACCAACGUGCAGCUGACCUCUGAGUCUACAGUUAGUGUGCUGAAGAUGAUCCGUUCAGCCACCCCCUUCCCCCUGGUUAGUCUCUUCUUCUUGUUCAUCGGUUUUGUCCUGAGUAACAUCGGACACAUCCGGCCCCACCGCACCAUCCUGGCCUUCAUCUCCGGAAUCUUCUUCAUCCUCUCAGGUCUGUCUCUGGUGGUGGGCCUGGUGUUGUACAUCUCCAGUAUUAAUGAUGAGAUGUUGAACAGGACCAAGACCAACGAGGCCUACUUCAGCUACCAGUACGGCUGGUCCUUCGCCUUCGCUGCCAUCUCCUUCCUGCUCACUGAGACGGCCGGUGUCAUGUCCGUCUACCUGUUCAUGAAGCGCUACACGGCCGAGGAGAUGUACAGACCCCACCCGGGCUUAUACGGGCCGCGCCACAGCAACUGCUCCGACUACUCUGGUCAGUUCCUCCACCCGGACACCUGGAAUCAGCGCGGCCGCAGCCCCUCCAGCAUCUCCAGCGAAGCCUCGCUCCAGAUGAACCACUCCCUCCACUCCAACUACCCAGCGCUCCUCAAGUGUCCCGAGUACGACCGCAUGUCCUCCUCCCCAUGCUGA